CGGCAGCUGUUUGCCAUUAGCCGGGGACCCCGCAGGCCCCGCCCCUCCCUGCACGGGUGGGGUCCUCCUCACCCCAUCUUUGGGGCGGGGAGAGGGGCGGGAAGACCCCAGAGACAUCCUGGCUGGUCAGCCAGGGGGCCUUUAAGGGACACCCGGUUGGGCAUUCGGGCUCACCCGGGCUCAUCCUGUCUUCCUUUCUGCCUCUAUUUUGUGUCCCCCUCCCUCCCUGUACCCCAAGGGGUUCCACAGAGGGAAAGGGGCCUCAGCCGCAGACAUCCCCGCUUCCAUUCUGCUUUCUCCGCCUGGAGCUGCCUGCCCUCACUGAGGAUGGUCGGGUGGCUGGAGACCCCCAGAUCCCAUUCUCAGCCUGGGAAAUGGGCUGGAGGGAUGUGGAGUGCGGGGGAGGGUGGCCAGGCCUGCAGCGGGGGGAUCUGCGAGGCUUAGGUUCAAACCCAGGACCAGCCCUUUACCCACCCAGUGACCUGGGACUAGUCACUGCACAUUUCCGUGCCUCCCCAUUCCCCAUCUGGUGGGGUGGGUUUGUCUGAUGCACAGAUCAGUGUUGUUGCUAUUAUUCACCCCAUCCCUGCCCACCUCCAGGCGCCCCCACAGGCUGUUCCAGUCCUGCAGCCUGUCUCCCUCUCUCGGGUCCCCAGAAAUUAUUUGUAAUCCUGUCCUAUAGAGGGGGGGAGCCUCCCGGCAGGUGGAAAACCAGCCUUCCUACGUUUGGUGGCUACGUGUUCCAGGUGUUGCAAGACAGAGAAGCGAGGACAGAGACGUGGAGAGACAGGGAGAAGGAAGUACAGAGAGAGACACAGAGACAGAGACGUGGAGAGAGAUAAAGCGAGACGCCGACUGACCGAGAGACACUGGGUGUGAGAAAAGGACCAGCUUGGCAGCCCCUGGAGCCCCAGCCCCGCCUUCAUGCCCAGCCGGUGUCCCGCCUGGCCCGUCCUCCCAGGUACCCACUGCUCCGCACCCACGGCAGGUGAGCCUCAGGCCGUGCUGAAGGCAGUCUGACUCCAGGCCUCCCGGACGCUUGAGGAGCAUCUACGGAGGGGACGAUGGCCCAAGUCCUGCACGUGCCCGCCCCCUUUCCAGGGACCCCCGGCCCAGCCUCCCCGCCGGCCUUCCCCCCGAAGGAGACCGAGCCUCCGUACUCGGUGGAGACGCCCUAUGGCUACCGCCUGGACCUGGAUUUCCUCAAGUACGUGGACGACAUCGAGAAGGGCCACACGCUGCGCCGCGUGGCCGUGCAGCGCCGGCCGCGCCUGGGCUCGCUGCCCCGGGGCCCCGGCUCCUGGUGGACCUCCACCGAGUCGCUGUGCUCCAACGCCAGCGCCGACAGCCGCCACUCGGCCUACUCCUACUGCGGCCGCGGCUUCUACCCGCAGUACGGCGCCCUGGAGGCCCGCGGCGGCGGCUUCAACCCCCGGGUGGAGCGCACCCUGCUGGACGCCCGGCGCCGCCUGGAGGACCAGGCCGCCGCGCCCGCGGGCCUGGGCUCCCUGGCCCCCAGCGCCGCCAGCUCCACCAGCUCCCUGGUGGGGGUGGGGCUGCCGCCCCCGACGCCCCGGGGCUCGGGCAUGUCCACGCCGGUGCCGCCCAGCGCCGGGCACCUGGCCCACGUGCGGGAGCAGAUGGCGGGCGCCCUGCGGAAGCUGCGGCAGCUGGAGGAGCAGGUGAAGCUGAUCCCCGUGCUGCAGGUGAAGCUGUCGGUGCUGCAGGAGGAGAAGCGGCAGCUCACGGUGCAGCUCAAGAGCCAGAAGUUCCUGGGCCACCCCUCGGGGGCCCGGGGCCGCGGCGAGCUCUGCCUCGACCUCCCCGAGGCUCCCGAGGACCCGGCGCCGCCGGAGACGCGGAGCGUGGGCACCUGGGUCCGCGAGCGGGACCUGGGCGUGCCCGACGGGGAGGCGGCCCUGGCCGCCAAGGUCGCCGUGCUGGAGACCCAGCUCAAGAAGGCGCUCCAGGAGCUGCAGGCGGCGCAGGCCCGGCAGGCCGGCCCCCAGCCCCAGGCCCAGCCCCAGGCCCAGGCCUGGCCCCCGCCCGACAGCCCCGUCCGCGUGGACACUGUCCGCGUGGUGGAGGGACCUCGGGAGGUGGAGGUGGCGGCCAGCACGGCGGCUGGGGCCCCCGCGCAGCGGGCCCAGAGCCUGGAGCCCUACGGGGCGGGGCUGCGGGCCCUGGUGGCCCCCGGGGGGCCCGAGAGCCGCCCCGUGUUCCGGAGCCACGAAGUGGUGGAGGCGGCCUUCUCCUCGGCCGCGGCAGCCCCGGGCCACGUCCACCUGGUGAAGAAGAUCAGCAUCACGGAGCCGAGCUGCAACGGGGCGGCAGGUCCUCGGGCGUCUGCAGCGUCUGCAGCGGCAUCCUCGUCGCCCCCAGGGUCCACAGCAGCCUCCCUGGCACCGCCCACGAGGAACGCAGGCGGGGUGCCCCCCAGGCCGGCAGCCCCGCGCGAACCAGAGGAGGCCGGAGGUGCGGGCGGGCCCCAGGCGGCCAUACGGUCCAUCAUGAAGCGGAAAGAGGAGCCAGCGGCCCCCGCGGCCCACCAGCGGAACCUCCAGUUCGUGGGGGUCAACGGCGGGUGCGAGUCCUCCUCCGAGGACUCCAGCACCGCCGAGAACUCCGACAACGACAGCACCGGGAACGAGACCCCGGAGCCCGAGGCGCGGCUGCCGGUGGCUGAGGCCGCCCCGGCCAGGCCCUCGGGGACGGCAGCCGCCCAGGAGGAGGGCCCGCCGUCCCGGGAGUCCGAGCGGGUGCCCGCGGCCGGGGGCGCCUCGGGGUCCAACGCGGAGGAGAUCCGGAUGGAGCUAAGCCCCGACCUCAUCUCAGCCUGCCUGGCCCUGGAAAAGUACCUGGACAACCCCAACGCCCUCUCCGAGCGGGAGCUGAAGGUGGCCUACACCACGGUGCUGCAGGAGUGGCUGCGCCUGGCCUGCCGCAGCGACGCCCACCCCGAGCUCGUGCGGCGCCACCUGGUGACGUUCCGGGCCAUGUCCGCGCGGCUGCUGGACUACGUGGUCAACAUCGCCGACAGCAACGGCAACACCGCGCUGCACUACUCCGUGUCCCACGCCAACUUCCCGGUGGUGCGGCAGCUGCUGGACAGCGGUGUCUGCCAGGUGGACAAGCAGAACCGUGCCGGCUACAGCCCCAUCAUGCUCACCGCCCUGGCCGCCCUCAAGACCCAGGAUGACAUCGAGACGCUCCUGCAGCUCUUCCGGCUCGGAGACGUCAACGCCAAAGCCAGCCAGGCCGGGCAGACGGCCCUGAUGCUGGCGGUCAGCCACGGGCGCGCGGACGUGGUGAAGGCGCUGCUGGCCUGCCAGGCGGACGUCAACGUGCAGGACGAUGACGGCUCCACGGCCCUCAUGUGCGCCUGCGAGCACGGCCACAAGGAGAUCACGGGGCUGCUGCUGGCCGUGCCCAGCUGCGACAUCUCGCUCACCGACCGCGACGGGAGCACGGCUCUGAUGGUGGCCCUGGACGCGGGGCAGAGCGAGAUCGCCUCCAUGCUGUACUCCCGCAUGAACAUCAAGUGCUCGUUCGCCCCGAUGUCGGAUGACGAAAGCCCUGCCUCGUCCUCCGCGGAAGAGUAGCCAGGAGCGGGGACCCGAGGCGCCUCCCCUCCCAGGCCAGGCAGCCCUGGAGCGGCCGCCCUCCUCCCUCGCUCCUCGUCCUGGGCUCCUCCCUGGCCCACCCCGCUCCUACCCACCGAGCCUGGGUCCACAGGCACGUGGUUUUCCUCUGCUUCCCAGCAGCGACCAGGCCCCAGCUUACGGCGGGUCUUCCCGCCCCCAGUUCAAAGCAGCCACAGCGCAGACAGAAGCUCAUUCCCACAGAGAUGGGCGCCGGCGGCUGUGCUGGGCGUGGGUUCCUGGAGAACGCAGAACCCUCGGCUGGCGGUGGCGGAUGGAGGAGGGCGAGGGGAGCGCGCUGUGUUUUCGAACCGCCGUCGGGGAAGAGGGGGAGUCGUAGGACCUGUUGCCAAAUCUGAAAGUCACUGGAAAGGCAUAUUUUCAUUUUAAUCGUGAGUGUCAUUACUCACGGGCGGGGUCUGGAGUGGCUUCACUCCCCCUCGGCCCCCACGUAAUUGUCUGGUAUGUAGCAGUGUUGUGUCCACUCCCCCCCCCCCCCCAGGCAGCUUUUUCGGGGGAAUUUUGGUCUCUUCACAAAACGGAUGCUGUCCUUGUCACCCGGAGUAGGAAAUGCAGCCCUUUCUUCUGCUUCCUCGUGCCACUGGGAGGGGAGGGAGCCCCAGGACUCAGAGCCGAGAGGUGGGAGCAGUUCAUAUCAAGAAAUUACUCCGGCCCUUCCCCGCAUGGAGGCCCCAGCGAACAUUAAUUUUCCUAGAAAACCCUUCAGGCCCGGAGACACAGGAAAUGAAUCCUGUUCCCAGAGUGGCUGCUGCGUGCCCGGGUUUCGAACCCAGGGUACGGGCCGCCCAGGUCCUCCGCAGGCUCCAGAAUUUCUCUUCAAAGGAAAGAAAACAGGCCGUGUGUGUGUGUGUGUGUGUGUGUGUGUGUGUGUGUGUGUGUGUGGCAGCGCCUGGGGCCGGCUCCAGGAACCCCAUGUGUGCACAAUUAAAAGUUGGCUGCCCCCAGAGGGCUCCCAGCACAAACUUAAAGAGGCAGGGCCUUGCCGAAAACCAAACAAGGGCCAGCUGGGUUGUUGUUUUUUUUAACCUACAGGCUUUCCGGAGCUGCCUGGAGCAGAGCCUGCUGGACUUGGGCUCGCCAGACACUCACAGUUUCCUUAAUGGCCUGUUUUGUUCCCAGGAUCUCGACCGAGUUCUCUUUCCUUUUCCUUCCUUCUGUGAACCAAAAAAAGAAAGGCGAGCGGCCCCGAGCCGCCCCACGUGCCCCUGCGGCGGGGGAGGGAGACCCCUGGCUAAUGGGUGUCCUGCCCCCGGCCAGUCGCAGCCCUGGGAGCCGGCCCUGAGCGCUCACGUGUCCACUCCGUCCUGCGGAGCCCUGGCCCCCCUCCCACAGAAGUGGGCUUGCUGGCUGGCUGGAGUCUGGCUUGCUUUGAUUUUGAAGGGAUCAGAAUCUUUUUUACUCUGUACCUGAGACAAAAGGGCUUGCGUGGCCAAAGGAGGGAGGCACCCCGGAGAGAGGGGGGGAGAGAGUGUGUGUGUGAGUUGGAAAGAAAAAAACCGAAGCUGCUUGAGGGUGUCCUUGGCGUGUGAUGGGAGGCGGCUCUGAGCCGCGGUCCUGGUGGUGUGUGCCUGUGUCCUGGCCCGGAGCCAGCGGCGGUUUAUUUUAAGCUCCUAUAAGAGCUCAGUGACACCAUAUUUGUCCCUGUUCCCCUCUCCCCUGGUGCCCGUUGGCUUGGCAGGGAGGCCACAGGGGUCCUGCCUCUGUCCCCAUUCUCUUCUCACGUGUAUUCACGGCCUUAAACUCUACUUUCCAACCACGGUACGUCCAUAAAGGCAGUAUUACGCUUAAAUGAAGUAUUCUUUUUUGUAAUCAUUUUUUAGAUGGUAAAGAAAUGUAAUAAAGCUACUUUAUGAUAAUGCCAA